AAACACAUCGGGACAUAUACUUCACGCAGGCGUUCUGUUCAGUCUGCUACGCACUAUAGUAUCUGUCACUCAAAUGACAUUUAAAUGGCUGUACGACUGUAUAUCGGAUCGCACAAUAUCUGUAGCAAAAAUAAGCCCUUGUACUUUGUAACAAGACGCACUUGAAUCGACUCUUAUUUUCAAUUGCAUCGUUUUGUCGUGGACAUUCGAAAUGAACGAAGAGGAAGACUUUUUGCAGAAAACAAGGCUGGGGUUUGAUGAUCUCUGUCGAGAUUUGAAUAUGGACGAGCAGGCGAGCAACGAAGCGUGGAAGAGCUACGAAAACAUUAGCAAGAAUUACACAUUAGAGGGCAGUGAGCUUCCAUGGCUUGCAUGUGCUCUCUACGUGGCUUGUAGGACAGCCGUACCGACGGUGGGUAAGGGCACUGCGGACGGGAACUACGUCUCUCUGACCAGAAUCCUCCGCCGCUCAGAACAGAGGUACGGACACACACAGCCUGGUCGUGGCCUCAUUGAGUUCUUCAGCAAGAUGAAGAAGUGGCAGGACAUGGCCAAUCUAUCACAGGACUUCCGACAGAGCACAGAGAAGCUGGAGAGAAAUUUUACUGUUUCUGCUGUCAUUUUUAAGAAGUAUGUUCCCAUCUUCAAAGCCAUCUUCAAAGCACCCUCGGAUGAACCACCCAGAGUCCAUAGAAGCCGUAAACAAAGACGACAUCCGUGCACAGUCACUGAGGUGCUGAAAUUCUGCUGGAUUCUCUUUGUACAUGCCAAAGGGAACUUUCCUAUGAUUAGUGAUGACCUGGUGAACUCAUACCACCUGCUGCUCUGUGCCCUGGACCUGGUCUUCGCCAAUGCUCUGCUCUGUAACACCAGAAAGGACCUGCUCAACCCGAGCUUCAAAGGCCUUCCUGAGGACUUCAGCAGUAAGGACUAUAAGCCCAUGGCGGGCCCCUGCUGCUUCAUAGAGCAGCUGUGUGGUCUGCAUGACGGCCUGGUACUGGAGGCCAAGGGGGUGAAGGAGCACUUCUGGAAACCCUUCAUCAAGAGGCUCUUCCAUAAGAAGAUUCUCAAAGGGAAAGAAGAUAGUUUGACUGGCUUCUUGGAUCCUGUGAAUUUUGGAGAUAGUUUUUCUUCUCUGGGCCGCGUGUACGAGGAGCAUGUUCUGGCCACUGGAGGCCUGGAUGAGAGGAUCUUCCUGGGUGAAGGGGCUAAUGAACACAUCGGCAUGCCGGGUCCAUGUCUCUGUGAGGGAGUUGAGAACCAGGUUACCCCUGUCUACAGACUUUACAGCAGUCUGAUGGCCUCUGCCCUGAAAGUGUCCACUCCCCUGACGGGCCGUAAGUAUGUCCCGGACCGCAGUCUGGGGUCGCCGGUCUCCACAGCCAUGCAGAGUGUCGGCCGACUACACAGCCUGCUCGCUGGGCUCAAACACGGCCCCAGUGGGAGGCUCAAAGACCUAUUCAGAGCGUGUGCCAGAGACCCUAGUGAGGCCAUCUCCACUAGGCUGACAGAAAUGUGUCAGCUCUUUGGUCACCGCUACGACGGCAGCAGGGAGGACCGCUCUGGAAUGGGGAAAGACAUUGCAGUGAAGUACUUCCGCCUGGCGGAGGCGCUCUACUAUAAAACCCUGGAGACCAUCAUGGACCAGGAGAAGAAGAGACUGGGCGAUAUGGAUCUCUCUAGUAUUCUGGAGCAGGAUUUGUUCCAGCGCUCUCUGCUGGUCUGCUGCCUGGAGAUUGUCAUCUUUUCUUACCGACCCCCAGGGGACUUCCCACGCGUUAUACAAAUCUUCCAGCUCCCAGCGUAUCACUUCUACAAGGUUAUCGAGGUGCUGGUCCGUGCGGAGCAGGGGCUGUUCAGGGAGGUGGUGAAGCAUCUGAACCAGAUAGAGGAGCAGGUCCUAGAGAGCUUGGCCUGGGAAGGGGGGUCCCCAUUGUGGGACAGCAUCAGGGGGGCCAAGAACCAAGCGCCCGCCUGCCAGGAGGUGAUGCCACCCCAGCACCUGGAGGAUGGUGACGGAGGCAGCAGUGCUGGCAAUGCCCCCCUAACUCUCAACAACCUUGGCACUGAUCUGAACACCAACAGCUGUGGUAAAGGGUUGUCCCCUCCCCCCCCCACCCUGUUGGACUGCUACAGCUCCCCCCCGACAGGCUCAGCCAGAAGACGGCUGUUUCUAGACUCAUCGUCCGACACCCCCUCAGACCCCUCCGCCACCACUCCAGCCACCACCGCUACCACGGCGGUUAGGACCUCCCAGGCCAUCGUCACAGCAACGAUCCCUGCCGGGCAGACAGUGGUCACCAUGGCAACGGCCACUGUUACCGCCAACAACGGACAGACGGUCACCAUACCUGUGCAAGGAAUAGCCAAUGAGAACGGAGGCAUCACCUUCAUCCCUGUCCAGGUUAGUGUGACGGGACAAGGUACGGCCACGCUCCAGCCCCUGACUGGCUCUAUGACCAGCCAACCGCAGACCACCACCACCCUGAACAGUUCUGCCCCCCAGGGUAGCCCUGCUGCCAGCAAGCCAAUCAAAACGCCGGCAGUGCAGAAACCGUCCAAUAACAAGCCUCAGAAAAUGGGUUCCCACUCGCUUUUCUUCCGUAAGGUGUACCACUUGGCUAGCGUGCGUCUGCGAGAUCUGUGUGCUAAGCUGGACAUCUCCAGCGAGCUGAGGAGAAAGAUCUGGACGUGUUUUGAGUACUCUCUGGUGCACUGCUCGGAGCUCAUGAUGGACAGACACAUAGACCAGCUCCUCAUGUGUGCUGUGUAUGUCAUGACCAAGGUGACCAAGGCAGACAAGUCCUUCCAGAACAUCAUGAGGUGCUACCGCUCCCAGCCCCAGGCCAGCAGCAGUGUCUACAGGAACGUGUUGAUCUCUGGCAGGAAGAGACGUCACUCAGGCAGCAGUGGUGGGAACCGGCAGAGCUCUGACACCAACCAUGAGCUGGGGAGUGGACACAGCCCAUGGGCCAUGUGCUCCACCAGCACUCUACCCGGCCCCCAGCCUGGCAGCACUCCCUCUACCCCCACCCAGGCCCCCGCCUUCUCCGCUGUCUCCCCCUCCUCAUCCGUCCCUCCCGCCCAGCCGCGGGAUGAGGGAGUAGCGCUGGAGGAGGAGGAGCAACGAGGCGACCUCAUCCACUUCUACAACCGGGUCUACAUCAAGGAAAUGCGCCACUUCGCCCUGCGCUACUCGACCAGCUCGCUCUUGGAAGGGGUGGAGUCCCCUCCCCUUUGCCCGUACCCCUCCAUGAGGACCAGCUUCCCCCGCAGGGUUCUCCUGUCCCACAACCACUCCAUCUACAUAUCCCCCCACAAAACCAACCCCCCAACUCCUACUGCACAGGACACACUCUUCUACUACAUCUGUAGCAGCCCUGCCCAUCGCCUGGCGGAGAUCAACACAAUGAUCCGCACCGGGGACACGCCCACCAAGAAGCGCAGCAUGCAGCUGGAGGAGGAGCCGUCGCCAAAGAGGGUGUGUCCCAGCAACCAGUCAGCCCUGCUACGCAGACUGCAGGACGUGGCCAAUGACCGAAGCUUCUCCCACUGAGGCAUGAUGCCCAGCCCUUAAGAAUACCACACUGGCACAACAUGACCACAAUAGAUUGGAAUACAUUGGCCGUAUCAAAAAUAUCUCCAUUAUUUAGCAUACAUUUGUUUUUAAUUUAAGGAAAGGUUAGGAGGGUGUCUCAGUGGUGAAGGUUCUUGGUCAGUGGCAGGUACCUCUUUUGGAUUCUCUGUAGAAAGCACUGUACUUCUGUCCGUUCCAGCAUGGACAGAUAUUACA